GGCAGUUGCAGCGACCGGAACUGUAGCCACAGUGGAUUUUCUUGGCUAUAAGUCGAGAGCUCCUCCGCGUUGGGCGACAUUUUCUGAUCUCUCUCUCUCUCUUGCUCUCCCUUUCUCUCUCUUCUCUCUCUUCCUUGAGCGUCUGGACUUCUGCGAGGCUUCUCCAUCCCCACCUUCGAAGGCGUCUGAGUCUUCCGACAAGCUUCUGCAAGCCCUCCACUUCCAGGUAAGUCCUCUGUACUCUAAAUCCUUUUCCUUUCCUACUCUUCCGAUCUUUGCUUUCUGCUCUUCUGAUCUUUCCUUCUCUUGCUCUUCUUGUCUCUCUUUUUACGUUUUCUUUGCUUUUCUUUCCUUCACGCUUUCUGUUCUUGCUCUUUACUCUUUAGCUUCUUGCUUCUGCUUUUCUUUUAUGCUUUCCGUUAUGUUGUUCUUUCCUGCUUUCCUUUCCUGCUUUCUGCUUUGCCUGCUUUUAUUUCCAUCUUGCCCUUCUCUGCAUUUCUUUCUGAGUCUUCUCUUCUCUUUUCUUUUUUUUUUUUUAAUUUUUAAAAAACUUAAAACACUUAAAAACACAACUGUCUUAAACUUAAGGGGUAUAUAGGCUGGAAACCAGACGUUCAUCUCCCUUCGUUUGAAGGUAUGGCAGAGACAAUCGGGUAGAACAACGCCACGUACCCCAUAAAAUCAGAAAACUUAAAAAGAUAAAUUUAAAUGAUGAACCGGACAUGGACAAUAUGGACAAGGACAAAAGGACAUAGAUCCGUUUAGGAACCUUUGCGAGGACCGUGAAACAGAUCCGAGACCGGACACUGAAAUAACAAAGACCAACUGGACAAAAUAAACUAAAAGGAAAUAAAAACGAAAAAAGAAAACACUGAAAAUACUUUUUUUUGUUUUAUGCUUCUGCUUUGUUUUUUGUUCUUUUUAUUUUCAUAUUUUUUUUGUUUCAGAAAACUUAGAGAGGAAAGAUGAACGAGAUGGAGAUGGAGAGGUACACCAGUCAGCGGUGGAGACCUACUGAAGAUCAGGUCAAAAUGAUGACCCAUAUCUACAAUUACGGGGUCACACAUCCCAGCAGAGCCCAAGUUGUCGAGAUUGCGUCUCGACUAAGAGUUUUCGCAGACGCUACUGAAUACAAUGUGCACUGCUGGUUUAACAACCACGGCAAUCGGGUCAGGCGCUGGCAAGCGGAGGUAGACCCCACUGGCACUCAGUUUUCGCAACUGCCGCUAUACAUGUAUGAAAACGACUGGGUGAUCAUGAGGGCGCCGAGGCUGCUGAACUUGUUCCCGGUUCCGAUCAUCAUUGACGACGACAGGGACGGACGACAAAUCGCUCCACCCAUGCUUCUCACAUUCCGGACCAGAGCUCCCUCGACGGAGCUCUCCCUCAGACGACCGCAACCAGCUCGGGAAUACUUUCGCUAAAAUGGAUGUUUUUUAUUUUCAUUAUUUUCAUGGUCUGUAAAAUUAACGAUCACCAGUGAUCGAACCCUGAACAAUCUUUU